AAGCCUAACCCUUUAACUAAGGAACGAACAAGAGCAUUCUACGCUCCACAAUAGAUUCCCCAAAAAAAAAAAAAAAUCAAUUUUUCGUUUUUUACCUAAAUCUGAAGAAUAUUCUCUUUCUCUCAAAUCUCUUGGCCGUCGGACUCCAUAACCCGUUAACCCGACCCUGAAAAACCCCUCCGACUUCGAUUUCAACACCAAAACACCUUCCCAACAUGCUGACCUCACUACGACAAUGACCCGUACCGAACCCAACCGGAGCUCCAAAUCCGAAUCGGAGAAUUCUGGCGGCGGAGGAGGAGGAACCACCGCGAUGAGGGUUAUCGUUCCGUUACAAGGCGUGGUUCAAGGCCGUGGCGGAUUAUUCUUAGGCUCUGUGAUUCCGUGUGCUUUCUUCUACUUCCUCCAGUUUUACCUCAAAAGAAACCGCAAAAACGAACCCGACUCCGGCGAACCAAUCCCAAAUCCGGAUUCUGAUUCGGCUUCCCCGGAUCCGACCCGGUCGCAGUCCGUUGGGAACCUCACGGAGCUUGCGAGUUUGCCUCGUUCUCUCUCUCGGAUUCUCCUCUCCCCGAGACUCUCCGGUGGAGCUGCUUCCGUUUCGGGUCGUGCUAGUUGUGUAAUCAAGGGAGGUGACUCGCCGUACCACGUGGGUCAGAAACGGGUCGAAGAGGAUCCGUAUGAUGAGUCAGGUAACCCGGACGGAGUUAUCGAACUCGGUUCAGCUCACACCACAAAGAUGGAUUGGGUUUCAGAGGAUCCAGGAGAAGCAAUCUCGGAUGGGUUGUGUAUGAGUGGCAUUGCUUCUUACGAGCCUUGUCAUGGACUUAUUGAACUCAAAACGGCUGUUGCAGGAUUCAUGUCUGAAGCAACCAAGAACUCUGUUUCUUUCGAUCCAUCACAGCUAGUGUUAACUUCUGGUGCAGCCUCUGCCAUAGAGAUUCUCUCCUUCUGCUUAGCUGAUUCCGGAAACGCCUUCCUCGUUCCUACACCAUGUUCACCAGGAUACGAUAGGGAUGUUAAAUGGCGAACGGGAGUGGAUCUCAUACACGUUCCUUGUAGAAGCGCUGAUAACUUCAACAUAUCAAUGCUUGUUCUUGAUCGAGGGUUCUACCUAGCCAAGAAACGAGGUGUUAAAAUCCGCGGCGUCAUAAUCUCAAACCCUUGGAACCCCACGGGGACUCUCUUGACCAGAGAGAAUCUCUAUGCGCUUCUGGACUUUGCCCGCGAGAGGAACAUUCAUAUCAUCUCAAACGAAGUCUUCGCUGGGUCGGUCCACGAAGAAGGAGGAGAGUUUGUUAGCAUGGCUGAGAUAGUUGACACAGAGGAGAAUGUGGACAGAGAAAGAGUUCAUAUCAUCUACGACCUCUCGAAAGACUUGUCCUUCCCGGGACUUAGAACCGCAGCUAUCUACUCAUUCAACGAGAGUGUUCUAUCCGCUUCAAGAAAGCUCACAACGCUAUCUCCGGUCUCUUCUCCUACACAGCAUUUGCUCAUAUCAGCAAUCUCAAGCCCCAAGUUUGUUCAGAGGUUUGUGAAAACCAACCGGGAGAGGUUGAUGAGAGUCUACACGGAGCUUGUCAAGGGGUUAAAAGAGUUAGGGAUUGAGUGCACGAGAAGCAGUGGUGGGUUCUUCUGUUGGGUGGAUAUGAGAGGGUUUAUGUCCUCUUACAGUGAGAAAGGUGAGAUUGAGCUGUGGAACAAGCUCUUGAACAUUGGCAAGAUCAAUGUAAUACCAGGAUCUUGUUGCCAUUGCAUUGAACCGGGUUGGUUUAGGCUUUGUUUCAGUAAUUUGUCAGAGACAGAUGUGCCUGUAGUUAUGAACCGUAUUAGGAAAGUUUGUGAAACUUGUAAAUCGUAAAAUUGAUUUUUUGAUAUUUGAUUAUCUGUUCUCAACCCGAA